CAUUAAAAAAGCAAAACAACAGCGAUGAUUUUACGGCAGUUGCCCAGAGCAGUGACAGAGAGCGCGUGAAAUGACGUGUGAACUUUGACGUGUGAACGUUGACGUGUCGGCUCUUUAAACUUCAGUUUUCUCUUUCUUUUUUCACGGAUACUCCGUUUUAAAGUAUGUUUUUGUGACUUUGUGUGUUGAUGAGAACACCGAGCUCUUACAGCUCUGGAUGGGUUUCAUGUUUGGGCACCGAGACAAAAUGCUGCUUUAUAGACUGCGAGCUAGUUAACAUUAAACAAAGGUUUAGGGUUUAGGGUUUAGGGUUUGUUCAGUCUGACUGGAUCACUUGCACUGAUUUAGGUUUGGGCGGUUAAAGGGUUUAUAAUCAGGUGUUACUCUUCAUCAGAGCCACAGGGUCCCUGUCAGGUGUCAACAUGCCCGGUGUGGUCGUGUUCGGGAGGCGGUGGGGCAUCGCAAGUGAUGAUCUUGUCCUGCCAGGAGCUUUUGAGAUAUUUAUUAGACUAAUAUGGUGGAUUGCAACCCUGACUCUGUACAUCACCCGUAAAGGCAGGUUUGACUGUCAUGGAGGUUCUGUUCUUCACAGCUACAUUAUUGUUCUGCUCGUCCUGCUUGGAGUCAUCAUCAUAACUUUAUGUGCAGUCGUUUACAUCAGCGCUCAAGGAACCAUAAUGAACCCAGGUCCUCGACGCUUUAUUCCUGUCCUGGUGUACAUUCGGGGAAUUCUUUUCUUGCCUGAGUUUGUGUGGGCUUGUUUAGGAGCCGUGUGGGUGUCUGAUUACAGUACAGGAUGUGAACCGGCUGAAGUUGGGCUUGUAGCUGGUGCUGUGAUUGCGAGCUGGAUCAUCUUUCUCUCCAUGGUGGUGGGUGUGCUGAUUGUGUUUGACCCGCUGGGCAGCCUGCGCCGGCGUCCGUCUACAGUUGAGCGCUCUGGUCUGAGGGAUCUGGAAAGUACUGAGUCCUCGCAGCUCUUUUACACGGCCCGCUCGCUGGCCGUACGCGUGUGGGAGAGCCGUCUGCGUCUUCUGUGCUGCUGCCUGCCUCAGGACGACAACCACAGAGCGGCUUUCUCCAGCGUCACUCAGCUCAUCAGUGAUUUCUUCUCUGACACGGACCUGGUGCCCAGUGACAUCGCAGCGGGUUUAGCGCUUCUUCAUCAAGAGCAGGAUAAAAUGCAGCAGUGCAAAGACCCUGAAGACGUUCUGUCCCACAGUCCAUCAUCUCCUAUAAGAGAAGAUCUGGAGACGGAGCUGGAGAAAGCAGCACAUUACAUGCAGUUUGCUGUAGCUGCGUACGGCUGGCCCAUUUAUUUCUACUUAAAUCCUUUAACAGGAUGCUGCAAGCUGAGUGGUGACUGCUGCCGUAACCGUAACAUGAUGGAGUACGACAUGGUCGGAGGUGACAACCCCGGCUGCCAUUUCAGCUCCGUCUUACACAUGACAGAGCUUCAGUACCGAGACUUCAUUCACUUCAGCUGUCAUAAUCAGGUAUACGAGAUCCCGUUCUUCGUUGCGCUGGAUCAUAAGAGGGAGGCUGUGCUGGUUGCUGUGAGGGGAACAUUAUCGCUAAAGGACGUCUUGACGGACCUGUCUGCCGAGUGUGAAAACCUGUCUGUGGAUGGUGUGUCAGGAGCCAGCUACGCACACAAGGGCAUUUCUCAAGCAGCUGGGUAUAUCUACAAGAAGCUGGUCAAUGACGGCAUCUUGAGACAGGCGUUCAGCAUCGCACCUGAGUACAAGUUGGUCAUCACAGGUCACAGCCUCGGCGCAGGUGCAGCAGCGCUCCUGGCCGUCCUUCUCCACAGUUCCUACACCACACUGCAGUGCUACGCUUUCUCACCACCAGGGGGCCUCAUGAGUAAAGCACUCGCUGAAUACUCCAAGCAGUUUGUGGUCUCUGUGGUUCUGGGAAAGGAUCUGGUUCCCAGAUUGAGUAUUCCAAACAUGGAAGAUUUAAAGAGAAGGAUAUUAAAGGUGGUAUCUAACUGCAAUAAACCAAAGUACAAAAUCCUGUUGCAUGGCUGCUGGUAUGAGGUGUUUGGUGGAUCCCCAGAUGACUUUCCCACAGAAAUGGAGAACAGGCGGGAGGAGCAGCUGACUCGACCUUUGCUCGGAGAGGAGAGCCUGUUGGUACGCGGGUCCACCUCGUACCAGAGUUUGUCUUCAGAUGACUCCCCCACCCACACCACACACCUGCCGCUCUACCUGCCUGGCCGUAUCCUAUAUAUCACAGAGGAUGGACCCUCGCGCAGGCUGUGCUUCUCCCAGACGCGCUACCGUGCCGAGUGGUCGAGCACGACGGCAUUCAACAGUCUGCUAAUCAGCCCACGCAUGCUCCCAGACCACAUGCCCGACGUGGUCCACAAGGCACUGCUCAGCCUCACCAGGGAGCGCCAGUCUUCCCUCUGUCCCUCCUCUGCCAGCAACGCUCGUCUGAACGUCAUCUGAGCUCCUACUGCCUCCAGCUCAGAUACUGAGACAACUACAGCAGCGAAUGCACAAGACGACCGGAGCGAGCUUCGCUGUUUAUAACUCUGCUGCCUCAGCCUCAAACUUCGAAAGCAAUUCAGCUCUCGGGGUUUCAUUAAUAUCUCACCAUUUGCCAUUUCAUUGCUUUAUGAUUUGAAAUAAUACCUGCAGUGUCGUCGUGUUCCGAGUCUUGUGUGUAUGUCUCAACGGAAUGUCACAUUUAUGAACGUUCUGAUUUUUAAUUCAUUUGUUGAAAACUCAAGAUGAACUACUACGUACGAGACGAUUAGAUAAAAAAGAUGUACAAACAUUUGAUGUUCAUUCAGUUUGCAUGAGAACUAUUAAUUGUGAACUCAUUUACUUCACGUGUUUUGCUCAUAAAACUUCUGGUUGUGACAUUUUCAUAAUGAAUAAAUGGCAGUAAGAGUCAUGCAAAA